AUGGCGCCGAGCAAGCUCCGGAAGGCGCUGGGCGCGGUGAAGGACCAGACGAGCAUCGGGCUCGCGAAGGUCGCGUCCUCCUCGGAGCUGGACGUGGCCAUCGUCAAGGCCAGCAAGCACUGCGAGAGCUUCCCCGCCGACGAGCGCCACAUCCGCGACGUCCUCGCGCUCACUCAGCACCACUCUUCCACCUCCGGCGCGUCGUUUCAAGUCGGCGCGUGCGUGGCGGCCCUGUCCAGGCGCCUGGGCCGCACCCGGAGCUGGGACGUGGCGCUCAAGGCGCUGGUGAUCGUGCACCGGCUCCUGGCGGACGGCGGGCCGGCGUUCGAGCAGGAGCUCUUCUACGCCACGCGCCGGGGCACGCGCAUGCUCAACAUGUCCGACUUCUGCGACCGCUCCCGCCGCGACGCCUGGGACUUCUCGGCCUUCGUGCGCACCUACGCCGCCUACCUCGACGACCGCCUCGAGUACCGGAUGCAGGCCAGGCAGGGCCCCAACGGCAGCAACCGCUUCUGCAAGCUUCUCAAGGACGAGCUCUACAGCCAGUCCCCCGGGAGACCACGGGAGGAGGAUGCCGAUCAUGGCGAUCAAGCCGGCAAGGCCGUGGCGCUGGUGCUGAGGGACAAGCCGGCGAGCGAGAUGACGCUGGAGCAGCUCCUCGCCAAGGUCCAGCAGCUGCAGCAACUCCUGGACCGCUUCAUCGCCUGCCGCCCCGUAGGCGCGGCGAGGACAAACCGAGUGGUGACCGUGUCGCUGUACCCGCUGGUGAAGGAGAGCGCGCAGCUCUACCUCGAGCUGACGGAGGCCAGGGCGGCGCUCAUCGAGCGGUUCCCGGACAUGGAGGCGGCGGACGACUGCGAGCGCGUGCACGGCGUCUUCUGCGGCCUCGCCAAGCAGAUCGAAGAGCUCGACGCCUUCUACGCCUGGUGCAAGGACGCCUACGUCUGCCGCCAGUCCGACGUCCCCGAGGUGGAGCCUGUCACGCAUAAGAAGCUCGAGCUCAUGGACGAGUUCGUCCGCGACAGGCGCGCCGCAGAGCUGUCCCAGCAGACGCUGCUGCCGCCGUCGUAUUCCCCAUCGCCAGAGCCGCCAAGCCCAGAGCCCGAGGAGCCACCUGCCGAGGAAGAGGAAGAGCACGCCAUGAACGCCACCAAGGCCCUUCCGCCACCCGUUGCGGUGCAAAGGGAGCAGGAAGAAGUGGAUUUGCUUCCGCUGCUCACCACGGAAACAGUCGAGGAGGAGGCAGACUUCUUGAACCUGAAGGCGGACGCCAUGUCCGGGGAAGAGCACGGCCAGCAGCUUGCCUUGGCUCUGUUCGACGGCAAACCGCCAACAAGCGAACUCUUCGACCCCUCAUCGUCAGCGGACUGGGAGACAGCCCUGGUCGAGUCAGCGAGCGCGCUGGCCAGCCAGCAGGCGGUACUCGGCGGCGGCCUCGACAUGCUUGUCCUCGACGGCAUGUACAGCCACGCGACGGCAUCCACGAACGCGCAGGCGUUCUCCGGGAGCGCGAGCAGCGUGACUCUGCGGCCGCCCGUGGCUCCCAUGCUGCUGGCGCUGCCUGCGCCCCCAGGGAUGUGCAGCGGCGCGGCAGCGGACCCCUUCGCGGCGUCGAUGGCGGUGCCGCCGCCGGCCUUCGUGCAGAUGUCCGACAUGCAGACGAAGCAGCGGCUUCUGACGGAGGAGCAGAUGGCGUGGCAGCAGUACGGCAAGAACGGCAUGCAGGGGCAGAGGGGCCUGGCAAUGCUACAGCCGCCGCAGCAGCGGCCGCAGCAGUUUAUGCCUCCUAGCGUUUGCAAUUACGCAGCGUAUCAUCAUCCUUCUUAG